UUGAAUGUACAUUAGAUAAUUUACUUCAUUAUUUAUUUUCGAUAAUGAUAAUCUACAAAUAAAAGUAUCGUUAAAAGAUCGUUUGCGAAAGUACAUUUUGUUGUUGUUGUUGUAAAACGAAUCUAUAAAAAACGCAUACAUAUCUUUCGUCGUUGAAUUUAUCAUGAACUUUAUCAUGAUUGUUCAUGACUAUUAUCAAGAUUUUUAAAUAUCAAAAACAAAUAAAUACACUUAUACGACAGUUCUUUGCACUUUUGAAGGUAUUUAAUUGUUCUUUGAUAAAACGUAGCAACUAUGUGUGUGUAAAUAUUACAUUAUUUUUUACCUUUAUGCAUUGUCCAACAUAAAAGUAAAAUGGCGGCGUUGUGUGAUUUACACGUAAUGGCGAACUAUUUGCUAGGGUCGGCAAUUUCUUCUUAUAUAAUGCAAAUAGAUUUUCCUUUAUUAAUAUAUUUAUAUAUGUGUGUAUAGAUUUUUUGAAACAAAAAAUUCAAAUUUCAUUAAAGUACACGAAUUUAUGAAUAGUUUCGUACAUUAAUACGGGUGAGCAUGAUUUAAGAAAGAUGUUAUUAGGAUGUGACAAGUGUCGCCAUCUAUGUCUUCAACAUUUUCCGGAAAUGAACUGUACAGUUCCGAAGUUGAACUUGUUCAGUAUAGUGACGAAGUAUUUUGUGAUAAAACAAUUCUCUUUCCAGAUUAUUUAAUUAAUUGUAAAUUUAAAAAAAACACAGAGAAGAUGGACGAAUAUAGUAAAAAAUUCGCAGAAAUGCAAAAAUACAUUCCGUUUUUAGAAGCUAUGAUUGAGAGGUUACAAAAUGUUAAGGACGAGUCAAGAGAGAUUCAAUUACAAAAAAUGGAAAGUCUUCAUGGGAUUUUGUCUAAUAGUAAACGAAAGUUAAAGAUUGAAACCUUAAAAAGAUGCGAAGAUGUUCUACAAAAGUUGUACAAUAAAGUUGAAAAGUUUCAGGGAAACGCACCAGGUAUUCAUGAGUCUAACAAAAAAUCCGAGGACGUUGGUUCACAGCCGACAGCUUCAUCGAACGAUGAAAAUCGUAACAAGAAAGAUGACGAAUCAACCGAAGUUGAAGCGAUGACAUCAAAAGCAGCGGUGGAAGAAACUCCAGCUAGUCCUAGUCCUCCAGUGAGUCCUGAAACGGUUUCUCAAGCGGCCCCAAUAAUUAUACCUACAGAAAGAAGCGUAGACUCGAUAUUGGAUAUCUGCGAAAAGCAUAUAAAUAUGAAUGAAAUGGAUAUGUCUCAUAGUAUUAAACCAAUCGUAAUACCGACUGAACGUAGUUGUGAUAUAAGUAGACACUCGCCAAAUUCAAGAAUUGGUUCGAUUGAUAACGAAGAUGUGGAAGAUAUUAACUGUUCCGAAUGGGAUAUGUUAGAAGAAUCUGAACGACAUAGUUCUAAAUUUACUAGAAAUUCCUGGAAGCCUGUAGUUACUAAUAGUAAUCAUGAUGUUCCAAACGUGGUUAAAUUAAUUAGUAACAGUUUACCUCAAAAAAUGGCAGAUAUGCAAGCGCCAACAAAAUCACGGCACAUAGUCACCGUUCCAGUACCUUCGUUAGGAGCUUCCAGAAGACUUUCGUCUGUUUUAGAAAAAAAUAUAAUGACUGAAUUAGAUUUAGAUGCAAUUAAUUCUAAUUCUAAACCAGAAUCGCCUGUUAGCGUUCCAGAAGUUUUACUUAAAUCACCCGGUCCAGAGAUUUUGUUCUCUAAAUCUAAGAAAAUUUCAUCAAGAACCAAGGAUAGUGGAUUUUCAACACCAAAAUCAAACUCAAAGCCACCAGUCAUGUUAGUUUCACCUCCUCCACCUGUCUCAACAGAACCACCGCUCUCUUUCGAGGAUUUAGCCAAAUUACUAAACGAGGAAGAAGACACAGAUGAUAAUAAGAAGAAAGAAGAUCAAUCGCAAGAUAAUUCGGAUCUUAAAAGAUUAGGAUUGGGGGACAAGCCAGCAGAGGAAACUUCAACAAAGAAGGAUAACAACAAAAAAGUAUCUACCAAUACUGAUUUAAAUACAUCUAAACAAUUUUCCCUUUCUCAAGACGAAAUUGAUCGGGAAAGCGACAAACGUUGGGAAGAUACAGACAAACAUAUUGUUAAACUUACAUCAAGGAAACCUUUGCCUAAUGCAGCACAUAUAUCGUUAAAUGCAAAAUCGGAAACAUUAAAGUCAAAUGAAAUAAAGAGUCCACCAUCUUCCCAUCAAUAUAAUUUCUCUUCAAACAUUGAUAAGUCAUUUGACCAUAAGCAUCAAUCAUCUUCACCAUCUUAUAAAGUUGAAUUACGUUACUCCGAAAAUUAUGAUAGGUAUCAACGUCAGAUGCGCGAUAAUGUCAAUGAUAAAAUGUUGAAUGUGCAUUCUCGUUUGCACGAUGAAGAAAUGGGAGGAAACGUGCACAUGUCGCAUGGUGGUCCUGUUAUACAAGAGGACAGAAAUGCAAUGAUGUAUCAAAGACGUGCACACACUCCUCUUUUAGGAGAUGGUCCAAGAAUAGAUCUAUCGGGCCAACAAGAACAUUUUAAUCGGCAAUCUGUAAACCAGCCUUUAUGGCCAUCUCAUCUUCCCCCAAAUCAAAAUGAUUUUUAUAAUUCUCAAUGGAAUUCUCCUAAUAAUUACAAUGCAAUAGGUAGUAACUCGAUGCAAGGUAUGCCAAUGCCUAAUACCAUGUAUCAACAACAUAACAUGGGGAUGCACCAAGAUAUGUGGAAUUCCGGAAUUCCAAACUCAGCUCCUAUGGAUUCACAUCCAAUUAAUGAUUCGUCGAUUAGAUCAAAUCAUUAUGGAAUAAGACCACCAUUAUUGAGUACUCCACUUCCACAGGGUCCAGAAGUUGGUGGUCACGAUGAUUCUCCGAUAAUACCACCACUGUUAUCUCCUAACAGUUACCCUCCUCAAUAUAGAGGCUUUCAUGAUGUUCCUUUUGAUAGACCCGUUGAUUAUCCGAUCGCAAGGCCAUCGUGGGAUCAACCAAUAAAUAGGUCGAAUGAGCCACCUUACCGAAAUGAUCCCGAAAUAGGUUGUCCAGACGGGAUGAUGGGAAUGUCUAAUUCAUAUUCAAGACCAAGCACACCUUGCCCUUGGAAUAAUAGAGAUAGAGAUAGAGAUAGGGAUAGAGAUCGAUCUAGCCGAGGUAGAAGUAGAGAUGGUGGUUACUACAAUGAUAAUAGAUGCAGGAGUGAAGGAAGGAAAAGUUUUAACCGCGAUAAUCGUUCUAGAUCUGAUCGAGUAAUUAGAGAUGUAGGACAACACAAUGAUUGGGACAAUUGUAAUCGAUUUAAUAGAGAAAAUCGAAUCAUUGUAUCAGAUAGAGAUCCACGAAUUCGAACAGAACACAGUACAUCGUCCCUAAAUUCAAAUCAUACUCGAGAAAGUAGUAGUAGUAAUAAUGGUAAUGGUUCUAAUAGGGAUCCACGUCUGACCAAGGAUAAACACUCUAAUUCGACUAAAUUAAAAAAUAAUGCGUAUCAAAAUAGAGAUCCCAGAAAACGUUCGGUAUCAUCUUCGGCGUUACCUUCGACUCUAAGAAAAAUGAAACAAAAGUUGAAAUCAAAAAAGAAUGAUAAUCAUAAUAAACAUAAUUCGGAUAACAAUAGCAAACAAGUAAACAACGAAAAAACAUCCAUAGAUACAAUGCAAUCACCGUUAGAAAGUUUAUACGGUGUUAUUGAUACAAAAGGUAAAGAUGGUCGUUCUUAUGGAUUGCAAAAGUUCAAAAUACCAAAGAUCAAACGAUCAGAACCUUCUACGAAAUCGUCGAGUAAUAAAACAAAUCAAGAGAAAAAAUUUAACAAGAAUAAAAAGAGCUCGGAUAAAGAAGACACAUCUUCUGAAGUUACGAGCAGUAGCGAUGUGGCUAGUUCGAAAGAAAAUUGGAACGGGGAUGAUAGUGUUACUGAAGUAAUACCUUCGAAAAAUGAAGAUGUUGCAUCAGAGAUAGAAACAACGAAUGUUAAGAAAGAUGUUGUUCCUUCACCGACAACUUCAACAGUCGAUAAAGAUGAACCCAAAUUUGAGGAACCUGAUUCAAUAACCAAUGCAUCUGCAGCUAUUUCUGAAAUGACAGAAAAUCCAAAGAAAGAUGAUACAGAAAUAGACGGAGAUAAAAUAAAAGAUGGUAUCCUUACUCAAGAAUGGAUCGAGGGUUUAAUUAGAAAAUCUUUAGAAUGUGGAGAAGGAAAGAAAUUUUUUGAACAAGCUAAAUUGAUAAAAAAAUUAGGUGAAGCAUUGGAUGCUAAGAAAUUAAAAAAAAUUAAGAGGAUUAAGAAGAUUAUUGAAUCUGAAUCUGAAAGUAGUAGUUCGGAUAAAAAUGCAGAUGCUGAGAAGAAAAAGGUACAAGUUAAGAAAAAACGACGUGUCAUUGUUUCUUCUGAUAGUUCUGAAGAAGAUUGUUUAGCUGAAAGAUUGAAUAUAUUGAAUAAUUUAUCUGAUGAAAAAGACGAGGAUAAUAAACUUAAUAAAAAUGAUGAUGAUAAUAAAAUUAAAUCAGAGAGUAAUAGUAAUACUGAUGAGAAGAAUGAAAAGAAUCAGAAAGAAUCUCUUGAGAUGUCUUCUGAAUCUAAGGAACUUGUAAAAACAGAUGAGAAAUGUAAUAUUGAUCAAUUGAAAAGUUCCUCUACUGUCUUGGUAAAGUCUGAAAUAAAGGAAAUGUCAGAAAUUAAUAACGAUACGAAUGAAAUUGUCGAAAAUAGCAAUGAUAUAAAGAAAAUUGAAGACAAGAAGGAUAACUUAGAAGAAAAGUUAAAUUGUAUAGAAGAAUUAAAUGAAAAUGAACGAUUUACAUCAAUCGAGAAUACUUCUUUAAGCAAUGAAACAAUUGACGAUAAAGAAAGUGGUUUUAAAAUGUCCACCAAGCCAAAAACAAAAAGAAGAAAUUCUUUAGAAAUGUUACAAGAAGAUAUUCGAGAAAUGUUUAUUAGCGAAGGUGUGGUAACAGCUACAGGGCAUCGUAUGUGUCGAGUUGUAAAAGAAAAUCAAACGAGUAGUCCUACUACAAUUAUAUCUUCGAGUAACUCGAAUUCGACAUAUAAAAAACCAGAAGUAAGCAAACCAUUGACUAAGCAAAACAAUUUGGAGAUAGAAAGUAAGGAACAAGUAUUAAGUAGCCCUAAAUCAACAAAAGUUCCUAGAAUUCGUAAUAACCAAAAGUUAAGUAAAACUAAAAGCAAGAAUAAAAAGGAUAUGCAAAGGCUUACACGUCAACGUUUAAAGGAACAAAUUUUUAGUUCUGAUAGUGAGGAAGAUCAACCAUUAUCUUUACGAAGUAAUAAUCGAGAAUGGAGUAGUGGUAACAAGAAUUCCGAUGUCACCAAAGAAGAAGAAGAAGAUGAAAAAUAUCCAGAUGUCGAAGUUCUACGUAGAAGUAAACGUGUACUUCAUAAAGAAACUCCUAAAGAGGCUCGAGUUCUUAUAGAAAAAACGAAUAUUGCCAAAAUUGAAUCUACCAAGACAAUGUUUGAUAGUUCUUCAGACGAAAGUUUUAAUUUAGAUGUAGUAGAAUUAACUACUGUUAUAGAUAAUUCACUUAUUACAGAAAAAGAACGAAGUCAUAGCUCAUUGCAAUUAUCAUCUCUUAAGAGUAGUAGAUCAAACAUUUCGAAUCUCUCUAAGAAGUGUUUAAAAAAGAAACGUUCAACACUUCUUAGUGUUGAUAAGAUUGAUGAUGUUACAUCGAUUACGGACGAAGAAAGUAUUGUUUCAGAUAUUUCUAUGUCAAGUAGUAGUAUAGCUUCUGGAAAGAAAGUUAAUAAUAAUCUUGAUAAAUCCAAUAAUAGUGAAGAAUUAUUAUUAGAUGAUACUGCAGAAGAGCUAGUAUCUUCUAAAAUAAACAAAAAGGUAUCUCAAUUAGAAAAAGUAAGCGACGUUGAUGUUGGUGAUGAUGUAAGUGAUUCCAUACGUAUUGAACAAAGUCAAAAGAAAAUUUCAGUUAAAAGAAAAAGAAAGAAAUUAAAUUGGCAAAUGGGAAUUUUAUCAAAAAAGAAAAGAAAAAAGGUGUCACCUACGGUACAGGUAGAAUCUGAUCAUAUUAUCAAAGAAAUUCAAGGUACACUUGAGAAAAUAGAUAUUAGAAAAGAUAAAUCUGAUGUAAUAGAAAAGUCAGAAAAUCCAGUAGAAGAAAGCAUACCAGACAAGGAAGAAGAUACAAAAGAAUCUAUUUUAUCCUCUGUUGAUUAUGAAAUGAAUGAUGAGGCCGAAGAUGAUAAUGUUAUAAAAGAUGAAGAAAACAAUAAGAAAAAAGAUAUUAAAGAAAAACUUAAAGAAAUGUCAGCAUCAAAUGAAAAUGAAGAAGAACGGCUUAAUUUAAAUAUAGAAGAAUUAAUUGAAUAUGCUUGGUCGGGUCAUCAAAGAUAUGAUUGUUUAUAUUGUCCGUUUAAGGGUACAAAGAUUAUUCAUCAUUAUAAAUUGAUUCAUCCUGAAAAAGAAGUUUUAAUCUCUAGAUUUGAGUUGAAAAAAGCUCUUUAUGCAAUAGAAGAAGCUAAAAAUAAUGAUUAUUAUGAAAAAGAGAUGUGUACAAAAGUUGUAAAGAAAAAUAAGAAAUUUUAUUCAUUUAAUUGUAGAUUUUGUUAUGUCUCUUUCAAAGGAACUAAAGAUACUGUAAUUGAAGAAUUUUAUGAACAUUGUACAUCACAUACUGGCGAAUAUAGAUUUCAAUGUAAGAAGUGUUCUUAUCAAACUAUUUAUAAACCAUCUAUGCGUACUCAUUAUUAUAAAUCUUGUUGCAAAUAUAAAAGUACUUUUAAUAAUACCGUAAAUAUAGAUUCAAUACCAGAAAAGGACAUUGUAUAUGGAUAUUUGUGUUCAGCUUGCUAUUAUGUACAAAUAAAAGAAAAGAAUGUACAGAAACAUUUGAAAAUUUGGCAUCCUAAUGUUGAGGAUGUAAAUAUUAUCAAGAUAAAUAUGUCUAUUGACGCGACUCAUACAGAUCUCAUUUCAUUAAUUGAUCAAGAUUUGAAAUUAAAGGUUGAAACAACUGACACUUCUUUUGAAUCUGUAGAACAAGAAAUGAAUAAUGAUGAGCAAACGAGUGAAGAACAGAUUGUUUCUAAUAGUGACGAUGUAAAUAAAAUUAUUCAGAUAGAAGCUAUUUCUAAAGAGAAAAAUAAAGAGAAUAAAAUAAACAAAAAAUCUACGAUUAAUAACAAUAAAUCGAAUAAUGCAUCUAAGGCUGAAACACAAUCGACACUGCUUAAAAAGGAAUCAGAAGAACCGACGGUACCAAGCACUAUUAAUGAUAAAUUAAGUGUAUUCGUGUGUUCACCUGAGUUAGAACGCAAAGAAGUAGAAAUUCAAUUGGAACGUAAAAAGAAAAUGCAAGAAAUUUUUGAAAAUUUUGGCAUUAAAGUACAUAAAGAUGUUUCCGAAAAGAAGAAAUCUAUUAUCGACACUUUAAAAGAUAAAAUGAAAACGAAUGUGCAAAAAGAAGAUAAUCAGAAUAAAGAUUUGAAGUCAACAACAAGUAUUUUGGAAUUAUGUCUUUUAAAUAAAUCUGUUCUUUCUACAAGUUCAACAACCUCAUCUGAAAAUAAUACAAAUACAAUGGAGCCAUCUGUAUCAAAUGCUACUACAACAAUAAAUGAGGAAGACACGUUAAAAUCUAAAGAAUUAAACAAAAUAAAUGAGCAAGAUAAUAUUAACGAUAUGAUUGAAAAUAAUUCAAGUCUCAGUUCUGAAAAAACAACAGAUUCCCAAAAUCAUCCUCCCCAACUAUUAACAAAUGUUGAUAAUAAGACGAUUGAAAGUGAAAUUGAGACAAGUGAUAAUGAUACUACUAGAGAGUCUGCAACCAUUUAUGAUUCAGAUUCUAGUAGCGAACAAACAGACACAGAAAUAACUACAGAUGUAAACACAAUAUUAAAAGAAACUUCCAAUAUUACAGCAUCGUCAAAAGAUCCGAUGAUGACAACCAUACAAAGACUUGCCGCUCAAUUGCAAAGUACAAAAUCACGUGAUGGAGAUGCAUCUGAAAAUUCUAGUACUCCAAUUGAUAAUAGCAACAAUAAAGAUAUACCAAAACCUCCAAAUGUAAUACCUAUUUCUAGCCUUAGUCAAUUCUUUGAUGAACAAAAUACAACAGUACACAAUUAUACAAAAUCAAUUUCAAAUAAUGACAAUGAACCAAGAAGUUUUCUCAGAUUCAGACGUUUAAGCGGUGAUAUGCUUUCUGUGCCUAAUCCAUCUCCAGAAAAGAUUGAAGAAGAUAGGCUAUCAUUAAAUGCUGGAAGUCAACCUGAUGCUUUAGGUGAUGUAUUACAAACGGAUACAGAAGAAGAAUGUUCAUUUCUAAAAAUUGAGAAUGUAGUUAGUCUUGCACCAUCUACUGAAAAUGUCGAAAGUGAAAAUACUAUUAUAAAUGAUAUCAGAAAAGCUGUAGAAACUUUACCAGUUACACAUAAAUCAGUUUCACUUUUAAAAGCUUCUAAUCAACCAUUUAUUUUAAAAAGAAUUAAUCCUGUGACUCUAAGACAACCAAUCGGAAAAGCAAGUGAACCUUUAAAAUUAAUACCAGUCAAACCACUGAUGCCUAAACCAUCAACAACUGCAACCAAUUUCAUACCAAUCGUUCCAAAGUCACAGAUAAUUCAAAUAGACCAUAACACAUUACCAUUUCAAGUAUCUGUUGCUGCAAAUACUACUAUAUCACCAGUACCUACUAUAUCACCAGUAACUACUAUAUCACCAGUAACUACUAUAUCACCAGUAACUACCAUAUCACCAGUAACUACUAUAUCACCAGUAACUACUCAUAAUAUUACGGGAUCAAACUCUCCAACCUUAUCAAAUCCAAAUUAUAAAAUUUUAAAAGUGAUUAAAACGACGCCUUCUCUUAGAGCAAAGGAUUUAAUAUCUAAGUCGUCAGUAGAUAAAUUGAAAUCUUCCGACAGUUAUUCCAAGAUGUUAAAACCUACAAAACUCGGCCAUUUGUACAAAUGUAUGAGUCGUAAUUGUUCUUUUACAUCAGAUUCUGAAAUUUCAUUUUGCCAACAUUACAAUCUACAUGUGUUAGCUCCAAUUAAGAAAAAUGAUCCUUCUCCAUAUGAUUAUCAAAAAUGUGCCUAUUGUUAUAUGGUUCUAAGUGAUUGCACGCAAAUGUUAAACCAUAUAAAUGAGAGACAUUCGCAUUGUCGUUAUCAAUGUAAUUGCUGUUUUUAUAGAGCAAUUACACCAUCUUAUGUACAAAUACAUCAGGCGAUAUCUCACUCAACAGUCACAAAUACUGGCAUUUUGCUUGGUAAAUUAAAAAAAGAGGUUCCAACUAAAGAAGAUUAUAAUCGCCGUGAUUACGUAGAACCGUACAUAUGUCAACAUGAAUGUGGCAAGAUUUUUUACAUACCAGACGCAUUUUGGAAUCAUUUAAAAACAAAGCAUGGUAGUGUAUCUACUUAUAAGUGUCACUUAUGUCCCUUAUCAUUCAAAAAAGCACACCAUCUAGUAACACAUUACAAAGUUCAUGGGAUUAAUAAACACCAAUGUUUGUACUGUUUAAAUGGUACAGACAAAUUCAGCGAUAUGCUUACCCAUUUAAGUCUAUUUCAUUGUAAUCGAUUGCCACAGAUUCUUGAACGUACUAUAUCACCACAGAUACACAAAUCUUUAGACAUAAUAAGUCGACUGUCAAUAAGAACACUGGAUAUGAAAACUACAAGCAUGGUGGUAGAAACACAUGAAAAUGAAUCAUCAUCUCCUGAAUUGUUAGAAGACAUUUCUAUAUUGGAUGAAAGUACGAAAGAUGAUUCGACGGAUACGAUGACUAAUUCAUCUUUAAAUGCCGAUAAUAAAGAAGGCAAAUCUUCGUCAUCUAAGAAAAAGAAAUCUUCAGAGAAUAAAAAGGAUUCUAAAUUAGGAAAUAAAACAUCAAGCACAAAUAUUGAUCCGGACGGAAAGUAUCAUAUUUCAAAACAUAUUCUUCAUGAACCAGAAUUACAAUUAUUAUCUGGCGUAGAUGGAGAUGUCAGUGCAGUAGAUCCAUUACAAUUGACAAAUUCAUUAGAUUGUUCGGAUGAAUAUAUCAAUAUCAAUGUUUUAGAUAAUCCUAAUUUCGUGAAAAAUUUGGCUAAUCAGAGCAAUAUUUCUUCCCCUAGUAAGAAAUCAUUAAAUAAUGAAAACAAAACAGAAGACAGUGAUAUAGAGAUAUUAGAUCAUAUUGAAGUUACACAAAGCGAUACUAAAAUCUUCGAAGAAAAGUUAGAACAAAGUGAUAAGGAUAUCCAAGAAACGUCAAAUAUAGAUACGACUGAAAAUAAUAGUGAAAAGCAAGAAAUAAAUAUAACUCAGGACAUAGAAACCUCGAAUAACCCUAAUGUUUCAAGUAAUAAAUCAGAGAAACUGUUGUCUUUGGAAGAUAUUAAAAAUACAGGUCUUAUAGGAAAUCAAUUGUAUAAAUGUGGUUAUGAAAAUUGUGAAUUCAGUGCUAUUAAUUCAAUUGUUCUUCGAGGACAUAUGAAAAAGUGCGCUUAUAAAUCAGCUGAGAAGAAUUUAAGGUGUGUACACUGCAAGAAACGUUUUGUUAAAAUUGGCUUUUUACUUGAGCAUUUAAAACAACAUGGAUUAAAACGUUUUGGUUGUGCACUAUGUGAUUCACGAUUUACUGUUUCUUAUCAAGCAAAUGCUCAUAUGAAAACAAAGCAUAAAAUUCAAUGCUGUAAAGUCGUUCCUGCUGAUCCAAAAAAUCCUUCAGCCGAUGGCCUCUUUAUUGUACAAAAUACCUGGCCUAUUAAUAUAGAACGAAAAGGUAAAAAACGAAAAAUGAUAAGAACACCGGAAAAAGAUGUUGACAAAACUACUGACAGUGAAAAAUUAAGUUUUGGUCCUGACGAAAUAGAAUCGUUGCCUCGUCAAGCGAUAUAUAAUCGUGAAGUACAAUGUGCCGUUUGUCCUUAUACUACUAAAGUUAGAACUAAUAUUAUUAGACAUUUGCAACUUCAUGCUAAAGACGAAACUGUACCAGAAAUUGGUCCAGUUAAUCCAGUACCUUGCUUAGAUAAAAAAGAGAGAAUGUUCGACAAAAUGGUCAAUCUUGCUAGUAGUUCUCAUCAAAACGGACGAAUGGGAGGAAAACCUAAAGACUCUGAAAAAGAUAACGAUGAAAGUUUUAUACCUAAAUAUGUACCAGAGCAUAAAAGAUACGUAUGCAGCGUAACAGAAUGUAAUUAUCUUACUGUCGACGAAGCUAUGCUACGUUAUCAUUUAAAAGCAUUGCAUUCUGAUGAACAGUACUUCCGAUGCCCACAUUGUCCACAACCAUCUCCAGGCCAAGAAGUACAAAACAUAGCAAUUGAUAAAAUGGGAGUUCAUUUGAAAAUGCAUGAUACUAGACUGUAUAAAUGUUCUCAUUGUAAUCAUCAUCACUAUCAUAGGCAUAUCAUAGAGAGACAUCUUUCUGAUAAACAUCCGGAGAAAAGGCCAUUUGUCAAAGUAAUUAGGGAAUUAGAAAGUACAGAAAAUAACAUUCAACAAUCAGCUCAAGAAGAAACAGAAGAAGACAUUCCAGAUUCUGAUGGUAACCAUUGGAAAUGUAACUUAUGUGAAUUUAAAUGUGUUUACAAAGCUGAAAUGGUAAAUCAUUCGAAUGUAACCCACGAUGAGAAGAGUCAAUUCAAGUGUACUCCCUGCGAUUUGAAGACAAAUAUAAAAGUAGUUCUCGAACAACAUAUUAGCUUAAAACAUAAAAAUGAACCAAAUUUUGAUUAUAUCACGAAUUAUCAGAAGAUUAAAGGGAUAAGUAAAAAAUCAGGUGAUUCGGCUGAACAAGGAGGACAAGAUGAACCUUUCGAUACUACUCCUCUUUGGAGAAGAGAUAUGCCACGAGUUAGACAUAUUCGUGGUAUCCUUUUAGAAGAUGAGGAAGUCGUUUUAAAAACUGAAACAACAUCUGUCAAACAAGGAAAAAGAAAAAGUGAUUCGGUGGAUUCAGUUUGUGCUAAACCAGCUAAAAUUAAACACGUCAAAUCAGUUUCUCUGGACGAAAAUAAACACAACAACAAAGAAAAAUCAAAACGUUCGCUGUCCUGUGAGAAAAUUGAAGUGAAUAAUUCUGUUGGAAGUGAAAGUAAUAAAUCGAAAGAAAUAGUCAAACAUACUAGUAAUAUUUCACUUGAAAAAACACCAACGAAAUCAAAAACGACUAUAGAAAUUGAUGAUGAAUCAGACAAUGAAUUAUUUGGACCUUAUGGAAGUCCUGUGAAUAAUUUGUAUGUGUGUACAUUGUGUGAUCAAUACAAGACAAAAUACAAGCACGAUAUGCGGGAUCAUCUUUACAGAGAAUUAAAUUACUCAAGAUGGCAUUGCAAGGGUUGUGGAUUCUUGUCUGUAAAUCGUAACGCAUUGUUGAAACAUUUUCAAAGACGUCACCAUGGAAGACGACCAGCUCAUGAACCUCUUUCUCCUGAUAAUUCUAUUGAAAAAUGGGUCUAUACUUUGCUUAGAAAACAAACUGAAAUAAUGAAAGGAUUAUUACUAAAACAAGGUCAUAAUAAGAAUAAUACAAAAACCAUUACACCUGUAAAAAAUAAAAAUACGUCGCCUUCUGUUACUAAAAGUAAUCGCAAGAUCAUUAAGGAAGAUGUUGAAAAGUUAAAAAAUUUAUCUUCGAAAAAAAAGAAGAUGAGUUGUAACGUAACUAGAAAAAUUAAAACUAUUAAUAUAAAUAGUAAUGAUUACAGUAAUGUAAUGGAAAAGGAAAAGGUAAAGGAAAAGGUAAAGGAUAAGGUAAAGGAUAAGGAAAAAGAUAAGGAAAAGGAUAAAGAAAAGGAUAAGGAUGAAAAUACGGCUAAGGAUAUGGAUAAAGAUAUGAAUAAAGAUAAAGAUAAACAUAAAGAUAAGGAUAAAGAUGAAGAUGAAAAUAAAGACAAAGAUAAAAAUAGUGCUAAUGUUAAUGCUGAUGCUAAUGAUAAUGCUAAUGAUAAUGAUAAUGAUAAUGAUAAAGGUAAAGGUAAUGAUAAGGAUAAUAUUGAUUAUGACGAUGAAGAUGAUUACGACUAUGACGAUGAUUAUAAUGACAGCGAUAGUAGCAAGAAUCUUGUCAUUGAUGAUACUAUAGAAGAUAAUGAAUUGGAUCAAGAAAAGAAUGUACAAGCAAAGAAAAGAGAAGAUUUACUAGAGAAUAAUUCAGAUUAUUAUUUAAUUUGUAAACAUUGCAAAAAGGGAUACAAUAGAAUGCGUGGAUUUAAAUUACAUGUGCAAGCAGUACAUUUAAAAUGUCUUGAAUAUCUUUGUCCUCAUUGUGAUCGAAGUACCAACUAUCAAAACUCGAUGCUUCAACAUAUUCGUACAAAACAUCCAGGUUUUUCUGAGAAAAUCGUUCGUAAUCCUAUGGCCUAUGAUCCGGAAUUAAUCGAAGAUUUUUGGUUGAAGGAAUUUGGUGUUAUGACUUUGCAAGAACGUAAAGAAAGAAAACAAUUAAGAGAGACUUAUGCUAAUAGUAACAAUAAAAGUGAUCAAGAAUUAAGUGAAAUAUUAAAAGAUUGUAAAGAGUGUGGUUUUAUUCCUAUAACUAUAAAUGAAAUGGAAUCUCAUUCGAAAAUACACGAGUCAAAAUCUGCUGAUUAUAAGUGCCGAUAUUGUGAUUUUACUAGUGAUUUGCAAGCAGAUUUUCGAAUACAUUGGAAGAUCUUUCAUCCUUAUGUACCAUUUUAUUUUAUAGAAGAAGACCCUGAGAAAAAUACUGCAUCAACUAGCAAAGAUGUAAAUAAUGUAGAAAAAUCUACAAAAGAUAAAGAAGUUACAAAUAAAAACAAUGAAAAUAAUGAUGAUUCAAAGGAAAUAAGAUACUCUUGCUUUUAUUGCAAAAUACAAAGUAAUUCUUUAGAUGUAUUACGAAAACAUUGGAAUUCAAAUCAUCAAACUUCGACAGUAGUUAAUGAAUUAAAUGGAUUAAAACUGAAUCUUCCAUUUAAAUAUAACGAAGUACACGUGCCACUUUCUUCAAACACACAAACUCGAGAUAGUGAUAUUAAAAUGACUGUACAAAGUACUGCUGAUAGUAGCGAAAAUAGAACAUGGAUUUGUCAAUGGUGCCACGAAGUAUGUCACUCUGAUUACGAUAUGAAAAAUCAUCAAAAUAUGUUUCAUUCUCAUUUACCAUUUCAUUUCAUAACUGACAGUGGAAAAGGAUUACAUAAAGUAUACAUUUGUCCAAUAUGUUCUUUUAAAACAAUUUUUAUCAAUGGUAUGAGAAAACAUGUAACCAAACACGUUAAUUAUUAUAAAUGUAAAUAUUGCACUGAAACAUUUAAUAAUCCAAAUCAAGUUGAUACGCAUAAUUUUAAAGAACAUCCAGAAUUUCCAGUUAAGAUAGAAAUUGCAACAAAUUAUAAAGAAAUGUUGGAGAACAUAAUGGACAAAGUUUCGUGGAAUAGCAUUAGUGAAUCGGAAUUAUUAGAAACAGCGAGACAAGAGAGAAAGUCAUCGAAACAAAUGUUGAAAAGUCGAGCGGUUGCAAGAAAAUCUACAGCUAAGUCAACUAUACGUGAACGCCAUCAUCCGUACAAAGUAAAAGCCGUUGCUCGAAAAUCUAUAAAUCCACUACCAAAAUAUUCUACCGACUUUAAUUUUUUACCUAGUAAUUGUACAAAUGAUAGUGAUUUUGACAAAACUUCGACCAACCAAUAUUCGUUUUAUGGUAUACCAUCAAAACCUGUUAACUUAGGAGAAUUAAGUACAUACAUGGUAGUUGGAGGUCUUAGUAUGAAAGUAAAUUGCACCACUCUUGCUCAGUUGAUAAAUAUUAAUGCGUGCAUUAAGCUUAACGAUAUUAGGUAUGAUCCUAAAUAUGUUUCAUUAUUUUCAAAAGAAAAACAGUGAAAUUUAUCAAUCAAAUAUCAUUGCAUCAACUAUCAAAAAAUCAUUUUCUCUAGACAAUACAGUACCACCAGCACAAGAAUCUCGAGUAAUUAUUUGAGAUAUAAUAUAUUUAAUUAAAUAAAUAGCUCUUCUUUUUUGGUUAUUAUAACAGUAUUCACAUAUUUUUCAUAAUAUUUAUGUGCAUUUUCAUUUAUUUUGAUUACAUAUAUUUUAUUGUCUUAUUAGUAACUUUAGUAAAUAUUCAGUAAAUAUAUUUUGUUAAAAGUAAAGAGUGCACACAGGUAAGCUUAUUAUUUUAUUAAUGAUUUU